GUGUAUAAAAUAUUAUUGCUGUAAACGAUAACGACACCAAUCCGGUCCAUAUAGCAAGGUGCUCUGUUUGUUGACCUAUCGACAGUGGGAGCGAAUACCUCUUCAAUUGAAAGCUUCCAGUGCUGAACGAAGGAUGGUUCACGUUCCAUCAUUUCUAGUUGGGGGUCUCUUCUCUGGAGGCGCUUUCUUGCUGCUCCACGAACAAGUGAGCCAUCGACAGAAGCUAUCGCAUAAGUGGAUCAUCAGAGAGUUGGCAGAGAAAAAAUGGAAGGACAUCAAAACUCAAUCUAGCAAACCGGAAGCUGGGAGCACCAGUCAGUUUCAACCCCCAAAAUUAGAACAGGAAUGGAACAAGGCCUUGGGCAAGCUACAAGACGCAAUGAAAAGGGACCCAUAAUGCGUGCUUAGCGAAGAGUUGUUAGCUCUAAUGAAGGAUACGUGAUCACGGGAACAGGCCAGCUACGCUUCCCUAGUCCCAGUGAUCUUGAUAGUUUUAUAGUCAAACCAUCCCUUUUAUCCUAUCUAUAAAUAAACACUCAUUCUGCCCCGAUACCCGAGGUCCAGCUCACAUUUUUCAUCUCCGAAGCUAUCGUAUACAACUCGGUCUCAAUCUGAUCAUGAACAGAACAAUCACUGCUGCUUGAGUCUCGUGGCUACGUGAAACAAGGAAGAAAAGGUGUUAGAAUAACUGCCCUGGAUGUACCUCACAAAAACAUCAACAGAAGCAUCUAUCUGUACUAGCAAGUACUCACAUCAACCCUGGCUUUCAUUUCUUGGUUUAGCGUAGCAUAACUCCUGGCAAGCUGGUUUGCCCUCGCAGUCGUCUGCCGAUGCCGUUCCUCUAGAACUUCCAGUAGCUUGUUUUGUUGGGCAUGGCAUUGCUCCCACUCCUCACACUUUGCAACAAGCUUGCGCAGGUACUCCCUGAGCU